AGCAAAAACAUUAUUUGUUUUACAUAAAGCAAUACGUGGAAGGCGGGUGAUUAACUUUAAAUUUGUUGUUUAUAAGUUUUGCAUCGCUAAUUACCAUUCACAACCAAGUUGUUUGCCGCCAUUUUUCACGUCGACGUGCACGCCCCUUCCAACAUCACAACUCGGUCAUUCAUUCAUGUGCUCGAAACUCGAUAUUUCCGUCUCAUUUUGAAGGCCGAAUCUCGUUAUUGCUUAAUUAACCUUCUGAAUCAAAGUAUAAGUUAUUUUAAUGAACUUUUUUCACAGUCGAAGAACAUUCAAUUGCAGGGAGUUUGUAAAUAAACGCCGCGUUGCCUUUCCUCAAAACGUUGGAUGACAAAUGAAUAGAUGCGCAUUACUAAUAAGUAUCCCAGCAGUGCUCACGAUGAGCCCCUUUAAGUCAUUAACAGUGAUCAGCAUGACUUCACUUCUAAUGAGAGGAUAACACUGCCGCAUGAAUUAUGAAAAAAUAUUCCACAAAUUAUCUUUCUCAAUCUUCGUACGACACUUGCAGGAGUCCCGUCCCGCCUCUUGAGAUAAAGCGCACGGAGACUCUUUUCUCCUCCAUGCGUUAUGAGUGAGAGAGCUUGAGAGAGAGUCAGAGAGGCGUCUCACAUGUGACAUUUCUUCAUUCGUAGAUAGGUAAGGCACUUGGCACUCUGAUGGACCUCCUCUAUUAGACCUGCUCGCACUUUAAGGGACAGCUUCUUGCAUACCAGGAGAGCAGGACGCAUUUCCAGUUUCUCAGAGAACUCCAGCGUGCCUUAGUUUUGACAGCUGACAAGUUACAAACACACUCACGAGCCUUCUUUACUCGGUAGAAAGCGUGGACUGACUUAAAGACAUGAUGGAGAUGAAGGUGCUGGGAUGCGCGUUGCUUUUUCCUCUCCAAAUCUUCUUGUGCAUAUUGAGGGCGAUCGUGCGCUUCUUCGCGCGUCAGAAGCGCAGAGAUCUGGGCACUGAUGUGGUCCUCAUCACUGGAGGUGGAAGAGGAAUCGGCCGUCACCUGGCGAAAGAGUUUGCCAAGCAAGGAGCAAGAAAGGUGAUUUUGUGGGGCCGCACAGAGAAAUGUUUAAAAGAGACCUGUGAGGAGAUCUCUAUGACUGGAACAGAGUGUCAUUACUUUGUGUGUGACGUGGGCAACAGAGAGGAGGUGUACCAGCAGGCCAAAGUGCUCAGGGAAAAGGUUGGCGACGUCACCAUUCUAGUCAAUAACGCAGCUGUUGUUCAUGGGAAAAGUCUAAUGGACAGCGACGAUGACGCACUCCUGAAGACUCAGCACAUAAACACACUUGGACAGUUCUGGACCACGAAAGCAUUUCUGCCUCGCAUGCUGGAGCUGUGCAACGGCCACGUGGUGUGCAUUAACUCCAUUCUCUCCCUCUCCUCCAUCCCUGGAGCCAUCGACUACUGCACGUCCAAGGCCUCUUCUUAUGCCUUCAUGGAAAGCCUGACGCUAGGCCUGCUGGACUGCCCUGGAGUGGGCUGCAGCACGGUGCUUCCCUUCCAUACUGACACAGAGAUGUUCCAGGGCAUGAGAGUGAGGUUCCCUAAGCUGUUUCCUCCUCUGAAUCCUGAGAUGGUGGCCGAGCGCACUGUGGAUGCAGUUAGGACCAACACUGCCUUCGUUGUCCUGCCAUGGACCAUGCACUUUCUUGUCAUUCUUAAGAGCCUUUUGCCCCAGUCUGCCCUGGAAGAGAUCCAUAAGUUUUCAGGAAGCUAUACCUGCAUGAACACAUUCAAAGGGCGGACUUAAUCUCAGGAACAGCUUGACUGUGAAAAAUCCUCAAAACCAAUUUUUCAUG